UUUGCUUUGCUGAGGAAUGACUCGAACAUAGAGGCACUCCCUGCUCACGCAGCGCUGGUGUCCAGCCGCCGCCGGGUGCCCUCCGAAGCCGUCGACUGAAAGUCACUGCGCCAGGCUAAGCAGGAAGAGAGACUGCUUGUUGAACCUUCGAACCAGGCCGGCCUCGCCGUCGGCGAUGGCUUGCUCGCCGGGAACGGGGGAGAUGUGCCCGGAGUGCCUGGAGCGGCGCAUCCGAUCCGACCUCGCUGGUUCCGGACUCUCCUUCGUCCACGGCGUCUCCGACUCCCCGCUCCCCUUCGCCUCCUCCGCUGUCGUCCAGAUGGCAUCUGACGGACCCGGCCAAUGUAUUGGGAGCCAGAAGACCUGUGGUUAUUUUGUGUUGGUGGUACUACAUGGUGGUAAGACAUAUGUGGAUACAAAAAAAUGUGAAAACAACCCAUUAGAGCAAUCACUCAUAUUUAAAGAUGAUAAUCAUUGUGCUGUGCAAGCAGAUUCCUCUCCUGGUAUUGAAUAUAUUGGAGAUCCUGAAAGUUCUUCCGGCUCGAAUAAUCAACAACUUAUUGUAAACAUAAUCACCAAGUUAACUCCUGUUUACUAUCUGGGCAGAGUCUCCACUACAGAAAUUAGAGAUCUUAUGGCAAGUUAUAUGAAUUUAUCCAUUGAACAGGAUGUGAUUAAUUCACUAAAUCUGUUGUGUGAAAACACCAUUAGUGGAUCAGCUGGUUUGGGUUUUCUCAGCUUUGUUGGGUUUUCAGCAUUCGAUGAUAUACAUCCUUCUGGGCUUGUGAGACACCCCAACAUCUUACCUGUGUUAGGUGUUGUAGAAUCAUCUGAUUGUUGCUACAUGUUUCAACCAAAGGCUCCAUACACUUUGGAGAACAUCAUGCACUACAGUCCAGAGGCAUUGUGCUCAGAUUGGCACAUCAGAUUUUUCAUCUACCAAAUAAUAUCUGCAUUGGCAUAUCUUCAUGAUUUUGGAGUUCAUCACGGCAAUCUGAAACCAUCAACCAUCUUGAUGUCAGAUUCUCUAUGGCCUUAUCUCAGCAUAAGUGAUAUAUCUCAUGUUAAACAGAACCGGGGUUUUGGGGGACCUGAAGGUUCAACACAUAACUCAUGCUGUGCUCAUGAGGAUUGUUCUUCAAGAUCCAUUUUUGCUAGUUUUAAUCUUCCAUCAUCCUUAGAUUGGUCUUCUCACUUCAAACGAUGGUGGACUGGGGAGUUGAGCAAUUAUGAGUACCUUAUUGUCUUGAACAAGUUAGCUGGUAGGAGAUGGGGUGAUCCAGCUUUUCAUCCAGUGAUGCCUUGGGUAAUAGAUUUCACAGUGAGGCCUGACGAAAGUUCUGACAUUGGCUGGAGAGACCUCACCAAAAGUAAAUGGCGGUUGGCGAAGGGCGAUGAACAAUUGGAUUUUACUUACUCAUCAUCUGAUGUUCCAUAUCAUGUUUCUGAUGAGUGUCUCUCAGAGCUAGCAGUUUGCAGUUACAAAGCAAGAAGACUAUCAAAGACCAUCUUGAGGUCAGCUGUCCGCUCUGUCUACGAGCCCAACGAAUACCCGUCUAGUAUGCAAAGGCUUUAUCAAUGGACUCCAGAUGAAUGCAUCCCAGAGUUCUAUAGCGAUCCUUGGAUUUUUGUCUCUCUUCAUUCUGAAAUGAGUAAUUUGGCUUUGCCUUCCUGGGUGACCUCUUCAGAGGAAUUCAUUUGUCUUCACAGGGAUGCCUUAGAGAGUGACCGAGUUUCACAACAACUGCAUCAUUGGAUUGAUAUAACCUUUGGCUAUAAACUUGCUGGGGAGGCAUCUGUUGAAGCUAAGAAUGUCAUGUUGCCUCCCAGUGAUCCAUCAAGGCCUAAAUCAAUUGGGCGAAGGCAACUUUUUACAAAGCCACAUCCUAAGCGUCUUAUUAGCACACCUCACUCAGCCUACCACAAUAAAGUGGAAUCUUGUGCAAGAUGCCAAGGAAAAGGAAGUAACUCAACUACUGAUGUAUUAUUAGAUGAAUGUAAUCCCCCAAAUAUGUUUUCACAAGUUGACUAUUUGGAAGAGUUUGAACAAGCAACAUUAUUUAUGGAGCUUCAACAUCAUCUGAAUCCAAUAUACAGUUACUCUAACACUGCUGCUUGUUGCUUGUCAGUCAAAUAUCCCAAGAGCCAAUUUUCAGAUCAGGAGGUAUUGCAACCUAAUAGUGUAUUAUCAGUGGUGCCUGAUUUUGAUUUUGGCUCCUAUCUUGAAUGCUUUGAGUCUGAUGAUAGUUCUUCUAUUGGUUAUCAAGAGCUGUUGCGCUGGAAGCAAAGGUCUUGUUCUGUUAUUGAGCAUCAUGCAAAUGAUAUAUUUUCAAUAGGAUGCAUGUUAGCAGAAAUCUAUCUGCACAGACCACUUUUUGAUGCUUCCUUGCUAGCUGCAUAUAAAGAAACUGGUAUGCUGCCAGGAGCACUCCAUGAAUUGCCUGUUCAUGUCGGUUUGCUUGUUGAGUCAUGCAUCCAAAGGCAAUGGAAAAGGAGGCCGUGUUCAAAGCAUCUUCUGGAGUCACCAUAUUUUCCUCCAUCAGUUCGAUCCGCAUAUAUGUUUCUGGCUCCACUUCAACUUCUGUGUACAUCUGGAGACCGCCUGAAGUAUGUUACUAAGCUUGCAAGUGAAGGGACACUCAAAGCCAUGGGAGAAUUUGCUGCUGAAGUGUGUGCACCUUACUGCCUACCUUUUGUUUCAUCAUCUCGGUCGGAUGUUGACACCGAGUCUUGCUUGCGUCUGCUUAAAGAGUUUUUGAAGUGCUUGAGUGUCAAAGCAGCUAAGAAACUUAUUCUGCCCAUCAUUCAGAAAAUCUUACAGGCACCAGAAUAUUCACAUCUGAAGGUUUCUCUCCUUCAAGAUUCUUUUGUCCGAGAGUUAUGGAAAAAAUUGGGAAAACGAACUUAUAUUGAGAAGGUGCAUCCCUUGGUCAUAGCAAACUUACACAAUUCACCUAACAAGAUCACUGCAUCUUCUGCAUCCAUUGUUUUAAUUGGUUCAAGUGAGGAACUAGGAAUACCAAUAACUGUUCAUCAGACAGUUUUACCACUAAUCCACUCUUUCGGCAAAGGUUUAUGUGCUGAUGGGAUUGAAACUUUGGUCAGGAUAGGUGGACUUCUUGGGGAAAGUUUUAUUGUCAAGCAAAUUCUCCCAUUGCUGAGGAAUGUUAUACUUUUUUGUAUCGACUCCUCCAAGGUGACUAAGCCAGAACCACAGCAGAGUUGGAACUCUUUUGCUCUGAUUGAUGGCUUAUCUGCGUUGGAAGGCCUUGUAUCAGUUCUUCCAGUUAAGGCAGUUCUCAGGGAGCUUCUCCAGCAAGCCUGCAACUCACUAUUUAUUGAUAUCUCUCGGGAUCAGAAGCUGCAUUUAUGGAAGAGUGAUUCGGCUGAAAUCUCCUUCUCAUCACUCGUGUCAGCUAUUUGCUCGUCUGGCUCAAACAAGCCGAGGAAUGGAAGCCUAGUGGCUUCAUCAUCCUGGAUUGCAGCAGGUCUAAGCUCUGGUUAUUGUCGAUUACUUGAUGAGCGUAGUGGAAAAAUCAUUGCAGUUUGGCGAGCACAUGAUGGUCACAUUACGAAGUUGGCAUCACCAGAGGACCACUUGAUUGCUUCUAGCUCCCUUGACAAGACACUUCGAAUUUGGGAUCUAAGAAGGAACCUAUCAGUCCAGUCAAACGUUUUCAGAAGCCAUUCAGAUGGCAUCUUUGACUUCUCUGUUUGGGGUCAAGACCUGGUUUCAGUGUCAAGAAACAAAAUUGCACUUACUUCCCUAUCGAGACCAACAAGUGAGAUCGGAAAUCAGCAGCUCGUACUUCAGAACUUAUAUUCGUCUGACAGAGGAGUUAAAUAUAAAAACAUGUCUGUUCUUUCGGCUAUUUCUGUGCUUCCUUUGUCAAGAUUGUUUGUCGUUGGAACAGAAGAUGGUUUUCUCAAAAUCUGCCACUAGAUGUUUCCAGUAGUGACCUACCUGACAUGGAUCAUGGGAGCUUAAAUGUGGGUAGUUGGGUAGUUGUGGGGAAGAGUAAAUUGGAGCUUGGCUUCUGUUACGGUCCUGGUAUGAAUGCUCUUGUUUACUGCAGUCUAAGGCCUUGCAACCCUCGGUAUGCGCACCCAGGCCACUGUACACCCAGCAUCAGAUAUGUACAUAAGUGCAGUAUGUCAAGUCUUGGCUUUAUGAUCUUAACUCAAGCUAGAAAGUACACCAACAGAGUAAACAUGUAUGGUCCCAUGGAGAUCUGCGGUCCAUGUUUUGGUUUGACCGUAGCCAAAACCUUUGGAGCCACUGGCAUAGCUACGCUCACUGGCAGGUGGGUCCUGCCGCAAAGAAACACAAGUUAGGCCCACCUUUCAGUUUCAGCCACAGCCAUAACACAACGAUCAUGCACAGUACACUACACUAGCGGUUAUAAAAGAGGGGGAUGUGCAACUUGCUCUUGGCCAAACCAGAAGGUCGGCAAGCAAAAGCAGUAGCAACAAUGGAGAGGCGUAGCGGCGUGAGCGUGAGCCUUGUUCUUGGCCUCCUGCUCGCCACCACCGUUGCUUGCCAUGGUGCGAGGGACAUCCCAGCAACUGAGCCCGAGUCCUACCGUCCCCAUAACGUCUUUGGGUUCGGUGGUUUCUACCCUGGCCCGUCCGUCAACUGGGUGUUUCCGGGGCCAAACGGCGUCACACCACAGGUAGGCUUCGGCGGGAUCCCGGGCUCUAGCUCCUUCCCUGGCACUAGUGGCUCGUCCGGCAGCAGUGGAGUGGUCGGCAUUCAUGGUGCUGCCAAUCCCUGAUCGUGUUGUUGUCUGUCUUGGUGUCUUGAUGUUUAAGAUUGCUCUUUAGAGCCAUGCAGGUGCAGCAUUCUACCGUGGUGGUAGAGAGUAAGCUUCUUGCUUGCUCUAGUUUAGCAGUAUUGUGUUAUGGCUUAUGUGUGUGUUGUUUUCAAGUGAUCUGUGUCCCGUGUCUUUGUAAAAGACUUGUUCUUGGCUGUUAUUUAACCUUGUGUACUUCUUAGAUGUUGUAUUGCUGUCGUGGGUUCGAAGUCCCUUUGCUGUAUCUUUGAUUUGGAGAGUGAGGGUUUGAACCCAUGAGCUGGAUCACCACAACCUUGUCCUGUGUUCCGUGUCUCGUCUCUUUUAAGUAUUUCCAUCA